AAGAUUGCCAGUACGUAGGAAAUCCACCUUGCACAAUCUGACAAUAGAGCGUGCACGGCCAACUAGAUUCCCAACAACCGCGGGUGUAUCACGGAUUCAAAACACUGGCCUCCGUUAACUCCGCGCUUGGCAUUUUAAAUACUCGCAUCCUGGAACACGCAGGACGAUCUGAAAAAUUUCUACCGUUCCUAUAAGACACUAUAGACUUUGUGAACUGUUUUGUGAUUGUUUUUUUAGUGUGAAAGUGUGUAAAAAUGGUUGAAGAAACGCACAGGGGGCUACUUUCGCCUCCCAACACACCUCCUCUUUCCAAUACCUCGGAAGACGAGAGUCUCGUUCAGCCCUACACGCUCUUCCAACUCCGCAACUUUCUGGGUCAGAAACGCGCUGCAGCUUGUGUGCCGGGCGGUAUUCUCACCCCUCACCCGUCAGACUCAGAAAGUGAAGAUCUGUUGGAGUACCCGCUGAAGAAAAGGAGAUGCAGGGGUUUGGAAUCGACGGAAGUCGAACCCAACACUCAACAGGUGCCUACUUUGGGGUGCGAGAGGACCGCGAUCUUUGAAGAAAAGGCACUGAUUAAACCACAAGAAAGGACUCUAUCAGUGAUCAUGAGGGCUAACCAAGAUGGGACUUGCUCCACGAUGCCUAUACCUGAAGAAAGACUCGCCCCAGUACCUGUAUCACCGCCCACAAAGGAACCCAACAUCCUACGCAGCUUGAAAUUCAAACUUGGCGUCCGCCAGCGGACUUCUCCUCCUCCCGCUACCCAAUUAGCACCACCCCCAGCUGUAUCCACGCCCACACCCCCUCCUACAAUAAUUCUCCCCCCUCUAGCCCCUAAACCAACCCGCACCUUCCUAAUCUCCGCGGUAGGCGGAGCUGUUCUCCCCGCCCAUAUCGUUCUCAUCGCCCAAUCACCGCAGACGGCUGCGUCAGGCCCCGCCCCCGCUGUGCAACCGCCAGUUAGAAGGAGGAUCUUCGAGUGCACGUACGAGGGUUGCGGGAAAAAUUACUUCAAGUCGUCGCAUUUGAAGGCUCACAACAGGACGCAUACUGGGGAAAAACCUUUCGUGUGUCAGUGGCCGGAGUGCGGAAGGAGGUUUUCUAGAUCUGACGAACUGUCCCGCCACAAACGUACCCACACAGGCGAGAAAAGGUUCGAGUGCGCAGUCUGCAGAAGGAGGUUCAUGCGUUCCGAUCAUUUGGCGAAACACGUCAAAAGACACGCCAAAGAUAGGUUAAGUAGCUCAAAUAGUACGCUCGCUGUCGCUACGUCUGUAGCCACCUUAAGGCCUGUCUUGCCUGCUCCUGCUUAAAUCAUGGUUAGGUUUAAGUUGUGGUUAAACCACGGUUUUGUACCUAAGAGAUUAUCUAAGCGUUUGAAGAAAGUGCCGUUUUUUAAAUACUGAGCAUAUAUAUAAUUUUCUAAGAACUAAAGUAAAGUUUAUGUUCACUUUUCACAUAAACUGCAUCUAACGGUAGUUUGAAAUGACAUUUGACAUAAAGAGCUUAACGGCCAUGAUUGACAGAUGAUUUUCAAACUAUCUGGAUGCAGUCUGUAUUAUUUGUAAAUUGCUUUACUCAAACGUAUGUUGACUGCUUUUUUAUUUUAGUUUUAUGUUUAAGUACACAUUCCGUUUGUAUAUAUUUUAUAGAUUUUUAGAAGUUGUAUAUACUUUGAUCUGUGAUUUAUUUAUUUUCUUAUGCAUAUAAGUAUUAAUAACAUGUUUAUAUUGAAAGUUGAAAAUAUAUAUUUUUUGUAUUUGAAA